AUGGAGGCGGCAACCAUCGCCACACAACUAGGGCCGCCCGCCCUGGCCGUCGCACAUGAUCUCCCCACAGGCGUUGCCCUAGCCGCACCAUGGGGUCACCGCCGUGAACCACCCACCCAGGCACCUUCAGCGCCUGGCCCGCCGCCACCGUGGCCAACACCGGCGACAACGACAGUAGGGGAAACGCCUAGGUUGGAUGUCUACAUAUAUGACUAUUUCGUGAAGAGAAAUUUGCAGGAAACUGCAAAAGCCUUCCAAACGGAAGGGAAGGUCUCACCAGAUCCAGUUGCAAUUGAUGCUCCUGGUGGCUUCCUUUUUGAAUGGUGGUCGGUAUUUUGGGAUAUAUUCAUAGCAAGAACAAAUGAGAAGCAUUCAGAUAUUGCAGCAUCAUAUAUUCAGACUCAGUUAGUGAAAGCAAGGGAACAUCAACAUGAGCAUCAGCAACAACAGCAAUCUCAGCAGCAAACUCAGCAGCAGCAGCAGCAACAACAGCACCACCAACAGCAGCAGCAGCAGCAACAACAACAACAACACCAACAACAGCAACACCACCACCACCACCACCACCAACAAUCUCAGCAGCAGCAACAAUCUCAACAGCAUCAACAAAUACAAAUGCAGCAAAUGUUGUUACAGAGAGCUGCACAGCAGCAGCAGCAGCAGCGUAGAGAUGGUUCUAAUCUUCUUAAUGGCACUGCAAGUGGGCUUUCUGGAAUUGAUCCUUUAAUGCGACAAAACCCAGCAACUGCGAAUGCUAUGGCAGCAAAAAUGUAUGAGGAGAGGUUAAAGCUCCCUUCUCAAAGGGAUUCUCUGGAUGAGGCAUCGGUGAAGGUGCAGCAAAGGUAUGGGGAAAAUGCUGGCCAAGCACUUGAUCCAAACCAAACGUCGUUGAAAGCAGCCGCAGGCGGACAAUCUUCAGGGCAAAUUUUGCAUGGAGCUGUUGGUGGAUUGUCAGGUGCUCUGCAACAGGUUCAGGCAAGAAGCCCACAAAUGCCUAUGCAAGAACAGAGUAUCAAAACUGAGAUCAAUCCAGUUUUGACACCCAGAAGUGCAGGUCCCGAGGGAUCAUUCAUUGGUGUCCAAGGAUCUAGUCAAGGUGGAAGCAAUUUGACUCUGAAAGGUUGGCCACUCACGGGCCUCGACCAGCUUCGCUCUGGUAUCCUGCAGCCGAAGUCAUUUAUGCAAUCUCCACAACAACAAUUUCAACAGCUCCAAUUUCUGAAUCCACAACAGCAACAUCAGCUUUUGAUGCAAGCGCAGCAAAACAUGGCUUCCCCUACAGUUAGUGAUGUUGAUACCAGAAGAUUAAGGAUGCUUCUUAACAAUAGAAAUAUGGCCAUGGGGCAGGAUGGGCAGACAAACAGUGGUGGGGAUAUUAUUCCAAAUAUUGGUUCUCCUAGCCAAAGUGGUGGAUCACGUACAGAUAUAGACAUGCUAAUAAAGAAGAAAAUUGCUCAUUUACAACAGCAACAACAGCUUCAGCAAUCUACAGUCUCCAGUCAGCAAUCUCAGAGCUCAAAUCAGCUUCUCCAGCAACAGGAAAAGCCUGGAGUUGGAUGCAUGCCUAUUGAUGGAAGCAUACCAAACUCUUUUGUAGUAGCUGACCAAGCAUCAAAGAAGAGAAAGAAACCUGUCUCCUCUAGUAGAGCUAAUAGUUCAGGAACAGCAAAUACUGCUGGGCCAUCUCCAAGUUCUGCACCUUCGACGCCUUCCACUCACACACCAGGAGAUGCAAUGUCCAUGCCACAGCUGCUGCAUAAUGGUGGUCCAUCAAAACCAUUGAUGAUGUUUGGUUCUGAUGGCACUGGAAGCUUGACCUCUCCAGUAAACCCACUGGGUGAUGUGGACCGUUUGCUGGAAGAUGGCUCCUUGGAUGAAAAUGUAGACUCAUUUUUAUCACAGGAGGACAUGGAUCCUCGGGAAACCAUGGGAUGCUGCGUUGAUGCCAGUAAAGUUAAUUAUUAUCAGUUUACUAAGCAUGCUAUCAUACUUGUGGUUAUGAGAGCAAACUGUAGGAAAGGACACUUUGGAAAAAUAAUUUUCCGUGUUGGUCUGGUUUCUCCGAGGUUGCAAAAGCCCGUGCGAGUACAGGCAAAGUUAGCUGUUGCCAUUUCUCGUCAGACGGAAAACUGCUCGCCACCGGAGGCCACGAUAAAAAGGCAUGGACACCAACAUAAAAAUGCCCUAAACCCCAAAUCUACAUUAGAAGAGCACUCGAUGCUUAUUACAGAUGUUCGAUUUAGCCCAAGCAUGACCCGCCUUGCAACAUCUUCCUUUGACAAAACUGUGCGGGUUUGGGAUGCUGACAAUCCAGAUUAUUCACUCCGCACUUUCACGGGUCAUUCAGCGUCUGUUAAGUCGCUUGAUUUUCAUUCAAAUAAAGAAGACAUCGUUUGCUCCUGUGAUAGUGAUGGGGAAGUGCGCUGCUGGAGCAUAAACAAUGGUAGCUGUGUGACGAUGUUCUUUUAUAAUGCGCUGAAACAUUCUCCUGUUAUCGGCAUCUUAUCCCAGGGAGGUGCAACUCAGUUGAGAUAUCAACCUCGUCAAGGGAAAUAUCUUGCAGCUGCCUCUGAGAAGAUGAUAUCAAUAUUGGAUGCAGAAACACUACAAGUGUGUAGGAAUGCCUUAAAGGGACACAUAAAGAACAUCGAGUCGAUUUGUUGGGAUGCUGCGGGUGACUAUCUGGCCUCUGUAAGUGAAGAUUCUGUCAAGGUGUGGUCAUUUACUUCAGGAAAUGAUGGCGAGUGUGUGAAUGAGUUGAAUUGCAGUGGAAAUAAGUUCAAUUCAUGUGUUUUUCACCCGAAUUAUCCGUCAUUGCUUGUAAUUGGUUGUUACGAGUCCUUGGAACUUUGGGACAUAAGGGAGAAGAAUACGGUGACCAUCAGCAACGCCCAUGACGGCUUAAUUGCAGCCCUAGCUGCAUCAAAUGCAUCAGGGUUGGUCGCUUCAGUAAGUCAUGAUAAGCUUGUCAAGCUCUGGAAGUGA